UUUACAAUACCAACCCACCAGCUCUCGGAGCAAAUCGGAGCAAUUGAAGAAUAAUAAUAAUAACAAUUUAUAUUUACAUUUACAUGUAUUAAAAAAGAAUUUGUAAACUUUUGGUUUUUUGGACCAUUAUUAUUAUUGACAAUAAUGGUCUUACAAGGGCUUAUUAUUUCUCGUUUUGUUCAUACAACUUCAAUCAAAAAUGAAAUAAGGAAAUUAACAAGAUUGCGUGUUGUAGACAAUAGUGAAAUUGGUAAGCAAGCUAUGCUUGAAGGAAAACCUCCAAAAUGUAUCCACAUUUAUAACAAAAAAGGUGUUGGAUUCAUAGGAGACAAAGUUCUAGUUGCAAUAAAAGGUGAAAUGAAAAAAGGUAUUCUUGUUGGAUGCAAACAAGUACAAAAUCCUAAAGUACCAAGAUUUGACAGUAAUAAUGUUGUUUUAAUUGAUAACAAUGGUACACCAUUAGGCACACGUAUUCAUGUACCAAUUCCAAAUAUUAUUAGAACAAUAAUGAAAAAGAAAACUUAUAGUAAAGGUGCUGACUACACAAAACUGCUUGCUAUUACAACAAAAUAUGUAUAAAAAUUAGAAAAUAAUAAAUUAAUUUAUAAGAUAUGAUAUAA